UAGAUAGCAAGUAAUGUUGUAGAAUUGACGUGUCUACACGCAAGGGAAAUCUUGAGUUCACGGGGCGAUGGAAUUCAUAGCUAAUUAAUCAGCUCGUUGACACAAUAUUUAGGUGGGCGACUUAACGAUUUGAUCGUUUUUCUAGCUAACGUUAGCAGUAAAGAGCAGUCGCUAGCCAACGUUAGCUUGUCGCGACUGCGUCAUUUGUGCAUAUCGUGAUGCGUUCUGCAGAUUAUUGGAUUUAUGUACGAUUUAGCUCAUUUGUAGGUGCCCCCUUUUUAAAAAUGCAAACUCUUUACUGAUUCGAAGUUUUCUAGAUAUUUGGCCAGCUAGAUAUUGCAACGUAAUAACGUAAUUAAAUAAUAUGAACCAAGGUUGGCAAGCUAACUAAAUAAUAAUCAGCUAACGUUAGCUAUAGCUAACUAACCUUUUGUUGACAUGAUUAAUAACCGAUUGCGCACAAGGUAGCAUACGAUAGCUAACAUUAGCUAUCAUCAAUGAACAUUCCAUUACUAUACAUGCUUUACAUUGGCUCUUAAAUUUGUUGUUUAUAAAAGCAGGAUCUGACUAAAAAAAUCAACGUGAUAAUUGUUAUUAGCCAAUUCCUCCAUAGCGUUCCCACAAUCCUCUGGCGGAACUCGGUAGCCAUGUUGUAGAUGGCCCUGGGAUAGCUAACGACGUUAGCCUGUUCACUGUUCGCGCAUUUGUGCACCACAUACCCAUUAAGCUGAAAGCCAGCGGCCUAGUGGCUUUCUCUGUAUUUCUCUAUUUCAAACGGGUCCACCAGAGACCGUUCGUAAUUUAUCUUCAAGUAUAAUACAGACGAAGUAACAGUUAGCCUGUGAGUUGUUGGCCACGUCUUAACUUCGUGGGAUGCACGCAGGUAUGGCCCUCAACUGAUGUGAAAGGUGCUGGACAUGGCAGAAGGGAUUGAUGUUGGCGAGAUGCCCUCUUUCCAGCUGGUUCCCAGUUCUGAAGCAAAAAAGAGGCCGAUUUCAUCUGAUGGCAGGGAAGAGCCUAUGAGGAAGAUGCCUGUGUCCAAGUUUGGUCCUCGACCCCGGUUUGAGCCUGUGCACUUUGUGAGCAGCGGCACCACUGGUGGCGGGGGUGGCGGCGGCACGGAUGAGAAGGAGAACGAAAAGGAGCGCAGGAGGGGCGAGAUGAACAGCAUGCGACAGAGGGACUUUGAGAGCCUGUCGUCAUAUGGCAGCAGACCGUACAGCUCCCCCGGGUCGUCCUCUUUUUCCCAGAGCGCCACACCGUACUCGUCCGACUCCUGGGCCCGCAGGAGGGACAGGGACAGGGACCGAGACAUGGCCGCCAGCACCUCCAGUGGCCUGGGAUUCGGGAGCCGAGGGUGCUCCUCAAACUUUAUGGCGAGAACGCAGCAGGACUACUCUGCCAGAUAUGAAGCGCACGGCGCCAGGCAGUCAGACUCCUCUUUUCAGGCCCGUAGGUUUGAGGAUUUUCGGGGAGGCAGCCGUUCCGGAGGCAGCUGGGAUUCGGGGCGUCAGGGCAUAGGCUUCGGGCACCAGGACAGGCCUCCUUCCAGCAGGCCUUUUAGCAGGGUCUACAGCAGCCCUGGGGACAGCAGCCCAUCUUCCCAGUUUGGGUCUGGCUCUUCUCAGCCUGCUCCCAUCUCCCAUGCUACGCUGGACGAGAAGCAGAGGCUUAUUGCCCGGGUGUCGGCAGCCAUGGCCAUCACUUUCAAAGACCCUACGUCCAUGAGCGGCCCUGACACGCCAAACUACAACUUCAUCCUGAGUCGCAGUAUCCAGGCCUGCAAAACCAAUCCAGAGUACAUCUAUGUCAACCUGAAGGACAUCCAACCUUCAGACCUGCCCAAGAACAGGAAGGUCCCCUCAGACGGUUAUGCCUGUGAGCUGAGAUGCCAGUGUGUGUACCUGUCCACUGGGUACUCUGGCAGUAAAAAUGGGGCCCGGGACCGGGCAUCUGAGCAGGCGGUUAAGCUCUUCCUAAAGCCCGUGGAGGUGCGGGUCGUGCAGCGUAAGUACAGGCACACGUACGUCAAUGACAUAGUGGUGUGCCAGAUGCACUCCCCAACCCCGGCCUUCCUGCCUGCACUACGCAACCCUGAGGACAAGCCACCACCCAGCUCCAAGGGCCAGUAUGAGCACGACCGUCGCAAGCACUGGACCGAGUUCGUUAUCGUGGACAACGCCCACGAUGCCAUCUGCAUCCUCAACAACUCGGCCGCCUUCAACCGGAUGAAGAUCGACUACCGGUUCGAUCCGGUACCUAACAGCAGCGUCUGGCAGUGCAGUGUGUACUUGCAAGACGAGCUGGUGGCACAGGCUAACGGGAACAAGAAAACCUCCAAGCACGCAGCUGCGGAGGAGGCCCUGAGGAAGCUUCGCCUCAACCAGGCAGCCAAGCAGCAGGAGCAGCAGAUCUCCAGGGGGAAUCACCACUACUCUGAGCCCUCAGGCAGCCGCUACGGCCACCAUGGCGGCAGGAAGAAGCACCUCAGCGAGCUGGUCAUCCUGGAGAACUCGGACAACGCCAUUUGUAUCAUCAACGACACGGCGCAGUUCAACAAGGUGUCCGCUGACUACAAGUUCAUGGUGCUGCCAGACCACCGCUGGAGGUGCGAGGUGUACCUGGAGGGCCAGUAUGUGGCGGCCGGCGUCGGACCCAAGAAGACGGUGAAGCACAUUGCUGCAGAGGAGGCCUUAGCCACUCUCAGGCAGACUCAGGCUGUGGUCAAGUCCAAUUUGAGGAAGGAGGGCAACGUUGAUGCCAUCUCCCGAAACCAGAUCCUGGCCCGGUCUGGGGAGGAGGCCACCCGCCAGGAGAUCAAGGAAGACAACAUCGGGAACCAGCUGCUGCGCAAGAUGGGCUGGAAGGGCGGCGGGCUUGGCCGGGAGGGGGACGGUAUCUCGGAGCCCAUCAAGGUCAAAGAGCAGUUCUCCAGGGAGGGGCUCGGACUGGACGCGGACAAGCCCAUGAACCAGCUCAGCAAGCGCGACAUAGAGGACAUCAUCCGCAACUACGCCAGCUCGGAACGGCAGGACGAGCUGCGCUUCUCCACGGAGCUGAACAACGACGAGCGCAAGCAGAUCCACCAGAUAUCCCAGAAGUACGGCCUGCGCAGCAAGUCCUACGGCCAGGGCCGGCAGCGCUUCCUCAUUGUCAGUCGCAAGGUCCACAAGGACCAGCUCAUUGGCCAGCUCCUGCAGGAGGGUCAGGUGGGCCGAUACGAAUUGGUAAAACCGCAGGCCUCGCACUGACUGAGCUGCCAGGACCUGUGCAGUGGAACUUUGCAGUACUCCAUUGUUAUGGGGUAAUAAAUGCACUUCAUAAAGGUCCUAUCUUUAUUUGUUUUUGUUUUCUUUCCUUUUCCUUCAGAAGCGAAGUUAAACGCGUAUUUCAAAUUGGCAGUUUUUCCCCCCUGGAAUCAUUCAUGUUGCACUGUGUUCCUUAUCUUUUCAACGAGUGAAGACUUGAUGUGUGUCAUGAUUGAGAAGAGGUUAUUGGACUUAAAGGUUUGCAUUUGUUGGAUCAAAUUUCUCUCUACUCCUCUGCUUCUCCUAAAUGUCAUUCCACGAUUCCUUUUAGUGUAACCUACUGUAGCUUGCACCCUUUGUCUAUGUAUUUAGAUUAACUUAAGCACCAUGUACUGUAUUGUACAUAAACUACCGUCAUGAUUUUUCUCCUAACAUGUGAAUCAAAUACUGGAGUUAAAUAAGAUGCAUACUACAAAGGGAGCCAUUAAAAAAAAAAAAAAAAGAAAAGAAGCAUUUGCAACAUUUGACCUCUGGAAACAUUGCAUAAGUGUCAUUUAGGUUGUAUGUCAUGUGAGUAUGGUAUACUAGGAUUGUAAUAAAUCCUUUUCUCUGAUGGCAUAUUAAUCUAUAUUGUAUUAAAAUGCAUUGCUCGUGGUCAUUAACUUACUACAUUGUGAAAAACCUUGCAAAGAGCCAGACACUUUCCAAGCAUUUUUUGGGACCUAAAAUGUUUCUGCUUUAACGUAAAAGGAUUUCACUAUUCAGAGUGAAAUAUCAGGUCACGUCUUUUCGCUUAUUUUAGGAACACUGAUGUUGCUGCAAAAGAAAAAAGAAAAUCUGUAGUAUUUCUUGGGUGAUAGUGAAGGUUUAGAGAUCCAAGCUGUGCUUGAGUUGGAAAUUUGGAUUUCCUUGACCAGGUAAAUGCAGACUUUACUGUCCAGCAGUAAUUUCUUCUUGACAUGUUGCAUAAAGUUUAUGUGGAUACAGUUGACUUGUCUGCCUGUUUUUACAGCUGUAAUAACCAUGAAUAACAAAUAAAUUAAAUCUGAAAGGAA